CAUUUACGUUUAUAAUGAAACAUUUUUCACCUUUAUUCAGAAAAUGCUGAAUUCUGGAACACUGUGAAUAUUUGGGAAGUUGUUGUACUCACUCUUGUUCAUUCAUGCACACAGAUGUGUUUGUCAGUGCAGUGUUGCAGAAGAGCACUACUGAGCAUUUACAUCCAGCAGUGUCACUUUUCCCCUCAAAUGUCUUUUUGUCCAUAUUUUGUACACACUGACUGAACUUAAAGUCCUGUACUGAAAUGAUUAGGUGCGAAUAGUUAGACCCCUACAGUUUAGUGGGCUGUGCUUCAGACUGACUUCAAUAUACAGAUUGUUUAAAUGUUGUUGAUAACUAAUAUUCAGCUAAUUUGUCUUUAGAAAAUAAAAAGUAGCUCUUAAUUGGAUUUAGUAGUAGUAAGUGCUGUCACAUUUUAUUCCCUCAUCUCUGAUUUCUCUUUAACAGUCAUCAAUUCACGCCAAUAUGAAGUUGGUGAUGAGCUCGGUGAAGGAGGUUUUGGAACCGUCUAUGCAGCGACUCGUUUGGAUGAUGGACUUCAGGUAUGGAUCUGAACAGCAAUAUUAAUCUAGCCAAUCAUUUUUGUCCUGUUAUUCUGGUCUCACCAUUGCCUUUGCUCAUAAUUCUAACACAUCCACUCUUUUGUUUUGUUGAUCAGGUUGCAGUGAAAUACUGCUCGAUGUUCGACACAACGUUCAUCCGCAUUGAUGGUUUUGCUCAACCACUUCCAAUAGAAAUUGUUCUUCAAACCCUUGUGAAUCAAGGCCCAAGGGUUCCUGAAAUUAUUGAGCUUCUGGACUGGAAGGUGGAACGUGACUUCUACUGCAUGGUCCUGGAACGGCCCAUACCCUGUCAGCCCUUGAACAACUUCAUAGAAAGCUAUGUUGGGCCCAUUGAUGAAGAUGACAUACGGUUCAUCAUGAAACAGGUUGUAUUCGCAGCUCAAGCUUGCUGCCAAAGAAAAGUGUUACACCGAGAUAUCAAGCUGGAGAACCUUCUGAUCAACCCGGACACCCUUGAGGUCAAAUUGAUUGACUUCGGGUGCGGGGAUAUCCUCGAAGAUGAGGCUUACACAGACUAUUCUGGCACAGCGGAGUAUCGUCCUCCUGAGUUUCUGGAGACUGGCAAAUACCACGGAGAACCAGCGACAGUGUGGUCUCUCGGAAUAGUCUUGUUUGUAAUGCUUUUCUGGAAGUUUCCAACAAGACGAGAACUGAAUACGAUCAUGAAUAAAGACAUAGAAGGCCUGUCAGAAGGUGAGAUCUUCAUUUCAGCACAGAACAGUUGUAAUUUGAAUUACCAAAAAAUCAAUUUCAAGGUGAUCAUGUCUCUCUCUUCUUUCUGCACAGAAUGCUGCGAUUUUAUGCGCUGUUGUCUCAAGAUAGACCCCAGAGAGCGGAUUAAACUGGAGCGACUCAACCGCCACAGCUGGAUUAAGACCAACGAAGAGAAGAAGAGCAGCGAAAUAAUGGUCAUCAACUCAUCCUCUUAUGAACUUGGCGUUCUGCUGGGUAAAGGAGGCUUUGGACUUGUUCAAGCUGCAACCCGACUAGAGGAUGGCCUUCAGGUGGCAAUUAAAACUGCCUACACCGAGAACGUCAAGUUCAUCGACAUUGACGGCUAUCCGGAAUCACUUCCAAUGGAGGUUGCUCUUUUAGUUCUUGCAAACCAAGAGCCCGCAAUACAGGAAAUAAUUAAGCUUUUGGACUGGCGCGUGGAUGAGGACGAGUACAUCAUGGUCCUAGAGCGGCCCAUGCCCUCUGAAGAGCUGCUCUCCUUUCUCCUGCGCCAAGAGUCGAUCAUCGAUGAGGAUGGGGCACGGUUGAUCAUGUGGCAGGUAAUAUUUGCAGCUCAAACGUGCUGCAGACGCAAAGUCUUUCAUCGCGAUAUCAAGAUGGAGAACAUCCUGAUCAACCCGGACACCCUCGAAAUCAAAUUGAUCGACUUUGGAUGCGGGGAAAUCCUCACCGAUGCUCCUUACACAAGUUUUGCUGGCACAGAUGACUAUGUCCCACCUGAGUAUCGGAUAACUGGCGAGUACCACGGUAAAACAACGACAGUGUGGUCUCUUGGGCUACUCCUUUAUGUGAUGAUGUGUGGAGAUUUUCCAAAUCGACACGACCUGCAAAUGAUCAGACGUAACAUCUGGACCAAAGAUCACUUGACAAAAGAAUGCUGUGAUUUGAUCCGCUGCUGUCUCCAGAUCGAGCCAGAGCAGCGAAUUGAACUUGAGAAACUGAGUCUCCAUGACUGGUUUAGGGUAUUAUUUACAUUCUGAACAUUCUUUAAUAUUUGCACUCUUUUUUAUCUUCCUAAAUUUUCAUAAUUGUUUAAAAAUCUUUUUUAGAUGUUCUUUGGUUAAUAAUGCAUUAAAUAGCAGACCUCAAUUUUGU